CAUUCAGCCACCAUUCCUCCAGGAGCGAGUUGCUAUUUCCACUCUCUGCUUUCCUCAAGUAAUUCAUUCCACGAGGUCCUGCCGGCCGUGAUGGCAUUUAUCCGCCUCUUUGCCGCGCUACUGGUUGCAGCUCUCUCCUUGGCUGCCGUCAGCGAAGCCGUAGUCCUGUGCCCCAUCUUCCCAGCCUGCUGCUUCCAGAAGACCCGCCUAGGAAACGCCUGUCACCCACUUUGCCCCGACUGUGACGAAGCUUUCGAGUACACGAGGGGCGUGAGGAACAGGCUCUACACCGAGGCCGAAGCUCACAGGAAUGAGCUGAUUCUCGAGAGGCUGGAACACUCUCCCCGCGUCUCCUUCAUCACGGGACCAAUCUCCGCUUAUCGCGGUGAUUCCAUCCUGCCCAGGAGAUACAUUAUCCUCUAGUCGGGUCUUUCUUGGCCCAAGUAUAGCUCGAGUUCAUGGUGAUGUUCUCAUACCCCAAUUUAGGCGGUUCCUCGAAGGGCGAAUUCCAGGAGGAGGUCCUAUGAGGAUCUGACUGUUCGUCGGAGGUCGAAUCGGUGAUUGUCAAGAGGAAGCCAAAAGGGAAAGCUUCCAAAAGGAGUGGCUCAAGCCACAAGGGACAACAGAAGUAAACGUUUUUACAGACUUUACGGUAGUUCCUAUGUUGCUGCCGUUAACAAAGGAUAAAUUUUCUUAAGAUAAAUUUUCUUAAACGUUUCGUUUGUUUAAAAAAAGAAAAAGUCACAGUUCUAUGAAUUUCUGUUCCUUAUGAUAGUUAGUCGUAACUCCGAUUCCUAUUGUGACAAUUUGUUACGCCCAUACAAUUGUGUAGUCACUAUCUUUCUACGUUAUGGGAGUUGUUGUAUUUGUUUAUUUGCCUAUAUUUUUAUUUGUUUCUGUUUCAUGUUACUUGUUUUCCGUAUUACUUUGUUAGUUUACGUAUAAAAUGUCUGCUAGUCACAUACAAAUCUAUAUGUUAUUUAUAUUUUAA